UUUACAUACCCUUCUCCCCAAAGACCCGUCCCAACUCACAUUCACCAUGUCUUUCCUAUUUGGCGGCGCUCCCAAAAUGAGCUCGGAGCAGAAGAUUGCUGCCGCAGAGACCGAAGUCGAAAUGAUCACAGACAUGUUCAACCGAUUAUCGGAAUCCUGCUCGAAGAAGUGCAUCCCCAACGACUACCGCGAGGGCGAUCUGAACAAGGGCGAGUCCGUCUGCCUUGACCGCUGUGUCGGCAAGUUCUUCGAGGUCAACAUCAAGGUCAGCGAAAAGAUGCAGGGUGUUGCUGGUCAGCAGCAGGGUGGUGCGGGACUAAGCCUGUGAAGCGUAUGGAUUGCCUUUACGUGUGCUGAUAUA